AUGGGUCACGAAUCUACUGUAAUGUCUACCCAUAGCAAAAGUACCGGGCUACCACGGAAGAGAUUUUAUCGUGCGAGGGCACAUAGUAAUCCACUUAGUGAUUCCCAUUUUCCUGUUCCUAUAGCCCCUUCCCAAUUUGAUUACGCCAGUCAUUAUCCUCAAAUUUUUGGGGAGACUGUUGAAACAAGCUGUCAGAGAAAGAUUGAGUUUGCUGACAUAGGUUGUGGUUUUGGGGGCCUCUUAAUUAGCCUGGCGACACUUUUUCCUGAAACUCUUAUGAUUGGAAUGGAAUUGAGGGAUAAGGUGACAGAGUAUGUCAAGGAAAGGAUAUUAGCUUUGAGAACUGGCAAUCCUGGUCAGUACCAGAAUAUUUCAGUUGUUCGGACGAAUUCAAUGAAGUACAUCCCGAAUUACUUUGAAAAGGGACAGCUUAAAAAGAUGUUUUUCUUAUUCCCAGACCCUCACUUCAAAGAAAAGAAUCAUCGUCGCCGUGUCAUCAGCACAUAUUUGUUGGACGAGUAUGCUUAUGCUCUUGCUGUUGGUGGAAUUAUAUAUACGAUUACAGAUGUGGAAGAACUAGGGGAGUGGAUGAAAUCUUGUUUGGAGAGUCAUCCAAUGUUUGAAGCUCUCACGUCGCAAGAAUUAGAAGAUGAUCCAGUUGUUAAGCUUUUGACUACUGCUACAGAGGAAGGACAAAAGGUUGCACGAAAUGGGGGUAAAACCUACCAAGCUAUUUUUAGGCGCAUAGCUCAACCUGCACACUGA